GUCCAGACGCUGAGAGACUGACUGAAAUGUGGCUUUUGUUUGUGUGGUGAUUUGCGUACCAUCUCCAAGACGAUGCCGGAGCAGAGCGCUGAGAUCCCCGAAGGCUUCGUGUCUUCUCGGCUGCUGCUCCUCUGGACGUGAUGCUCAGGCGGAGGAACAUCCAGCAUCCACGCCGAGCAGCACUUACUUUCUCCCCGGCCUGCCACUGAACAUGCCUGCAGCUUGAAGAGCUCCACAGAAUAAAGAUGUCGCCGCUGGUGCUGGGAGUCGGAGUGUGUUUAGCCGGCUGGAUUGCUCUUUAUGCUUUGCUGUGCUACACUAAUGGCUCUUGUGGCUAUGAAUGGAACUGUCGGCUUGUUACACUAUUCCAUGGCAUCCUUGCAGUCUGUAUAACUGCUUACAUUGGGUACAUCGAUGGACCGUGGCCUUUCACCUACCCAGGUACCAAAAACACCCCUCUGCAGAUCAGCGCUUUGGUGGUCAGUCUGGGCUACUUCAUCUUUGACAUGGCCUGGUGUGUUUACUUCCGCACAGAGGGCCUGGUGAUGCUUGCCCACCACACCAUGAGCAUUCUGGGUAUCCUGCUCACCCUGUGGCUGGAGGAGUCAGGCAUCGAGUCUUGCGCCGUUCUAUUCGGCAGCGAGAUCACCAACCCCCUGCUCCAGACGCGCUGGUUUUUAAAACACUCUGGCCGAUACGAUUCUAUCCUCGGAGAUGUGGUAGACAUCCUGUUCGUAGCACUCUUUGUGUUCAUGCGCAUUUUCGUCGGCGGUGCCAUGUUGUACUGUGAGCUGAUCUCUCCGAGGCCUAAGUUCAUUAUUAAGUGUGGCGGAGUGGCCAUGUAUGCGCUAUCCUGGGUGUUCAUGGCUGAUAUUGUACGCUUUACAUAUCGUAAAUAUCAGGUCUGGAUGAAUCGGCACAAGAUGAUGGCAGAGGUCAAUGGGCUGAACGUGAAGAGAGAUUGAAAUGCAUCUCUCAGAUAUGAGCCUUUUGUUUUGAACACUGGAGAGAAGAAUGAGAGUUAGUGAACCAGCUAAUAACGCUCUACAGCUAAUAGAUGUUUACAUAUUUUUUUGAAAAGGAUAUCAGCCAUUAAUGUUCAUUUCUGGUUGGUGAUAAACACACAGCUCUGAUGUGUCUUUUUUAUGAUUUGAAGUUACGGUUUAACACGAUAUUCUUACAAUCAAAUCUAAUUUCAUAUACUGUGUUUGUACUCAUAAGGAUUGAAGUGUUUUAAGUACUGGAUAUAUUUGAUAUUUUUUGUAUUUAGGAACAGUACUUGUGAUAAAUUUUAAUUAGUAACGUUGCCUUUACAUUUUUGCUUUUUUUAUUAAAGGGGACCUAUUAUGCAAAGAUUUAUUAUAAAUGGGUUUUAAACAUCUACCUUGUGAGGAUAUAGCCAACUUCUAAUGGUAAAAAUCAAUCCAUACUUAUUUCAUCACACUUUAUAAGAAACACGUUGACUGUUUAUAUCAUUGGUGGAAAAUCCUGUCAAUUAGUUACGAUCUUUUCCCUGUUAGCAUAAACUCAGCCCUGAGUGGGCCAUGUCCACACAUAAAUGGAUGUUUUUAUGAAUGAAGAUUUCCCUGCUUUCGUUUUUAAAAAAAAUCUCUGUCCACAUGAAAACGCAAAAAAGUGAUGGGCAUGCCAACAGGUGGCGAUAGUGACACUUUUAUACUGGAGUUUACACUAAAUGGAGAAUUAAGUAUAUUUUGUGGGUAAAUUGCGUUCAAGUCAAUAGCUGUUUCUCAAUUCCAAGAACGGAGCCGCGUUCUUGCUAGGUCACCUUGGAAGAACAAAUUCUGAAGUCUGCAAGAACAGAGUGCGUCCUGUGAGAAAUGAGAUGCUGUGUUCUUACUGAUGGUCACAUGACCUUCACACGUUUUUAAUAGACAAUUAUUUAAACAUAACAGCAUUCACACAACAAUUUAUUGUUUUUAUGCUUUUCAAUAUAUAUACAACAUGCACAAAAAAAGGAACUUAUAUAUUCCACAAUACAAAUAAAAUAUUUUAAAAUGCAUUUCAGCAAAUAAACACCCUUAAUGUGUUUAUGCCUUUGCCAAGAUUUUCAUGGUAAUGUUUACUUUCACCAUCUCAUUUAGGCAAACUCCUGAGAUAAUUAAGUUAUAUCUCUGAACUUUAACAAUAAAAAUGCUGCCCUUCCCACCUCCUUUAUACAGCCGCAAUGACUUCUGGGACUUUAUGAGCAAAGUCUGCAUCGAUGCAUCCCCGAUAGAACACAUCCAGAAACUUUCACGCGUCCUCGGUUCUUGCAGCCCUUAGUUCUGGAACUAAACUUGAGCAGUUGAUGAUAACGUUACACAAGGACGCAAAAAUGCUGAAGAACGCAUAUUGAGAAAUGUCUAAUGCAAACUGGAGAAAUGAGGUAGAUUACCAUUCUCUGGUUAAACAAUGCAGAAUGCGUGAUACGUUUGCUUUGUGCAGAAUUUGCCUCAUUCACGUCUUCUGUUUGGUGUGAGCCCAGCCAUUUUGGCCAAUCUAGAAGUAGAAAACAGCGUGCAUGCUGACGUCAUGAGGCGAAAACUCCUUAACAUCCACACAACACACUGUACCUGGAUUUUUGAAAAAUGUGGAAUUAUUAAUCAUUCUUACUGUUCAGUGAAUGCAAACUGCCGUAGAUUAUUAAAGACGCAAACCCCUUACUGCACGACAGCUGUGCCUUCAACAAACCAGAUUGUUUAUGAGCGUCAAAAGUCGCUGAUCUGUUUGGCUAUUUGACUGCGUAUCACUGCAUAUCAAAUGACUUAAACGAUAUAACUAGAGAAAUCUCCACUGUGAGCGAGAGCGGCUACUGACCAGCGCAGCAUCAAUGAUGUAAGCUUGCCGAGGCCAAAUGUAAUGCGAGUGUGGGCCGUCGGGGGAGACAGGAGGGGCGACAAGCAUGCUUUGGCCCGGUUCAAGGCAACUGUACAUAAUAGUCACCUGACAAUGCGUUUUCGUGUGGACAACAGUGCACCACAAAGAAAAAGUGCAGCUUUGAAAAUACCCUUGUUUGUGUGGACAAGGCCUCAGAAGUAGCACUGACAUUCUUCUUAUAAGAAGGCCCGGGAGCACAAUCUCAUAAGAAUUUAAAGCCACACCCCCCAAAACGGCAUGUUUUGAAUCGAUCCCCAAAAGUGGCAACUUCAUAGAACUAUAAAACUUUAUCUGCAGAGUAUUUUGAGCUGAAACUUCAUUCACCCACUCCAGGGUCAUCAGAGAUUUAUUUGACAUUUUUCUAAAAAGCAGCAUAAUGGGACCCCUUUAAACUUUAAGUAUGUGCAAUAUGCAGUAAGGAUUAUCAAACACUACUAAAUGUUUCUGGAGGAUUACUGAAUGAUUUUUGUGUGAAAAAGUAAACCCAGAAAUCUUUAUGUGUUUGGAGAUUUUAACUAUUUUUAAAAAGGGAAAUUGGGUGAUGACUUACAAACUGUCCAUCUGUCAUGGUGAAUUGACCACACCAGUUGAUAAAAUCUGUAAACAUUGUCAUACAUUUCAUAAAUUAGAUUGAAGUGUUAUAGGGCGUUGUCACACCUCAGAUUAAACAUAACUAUGUUACAAUGGUGUGUGUAAAUGUAUCAUUUAUGUGUUCAAGAGAUUUUCUAAGCAUUAGAAUAAAAUAAAAGUAAUACAU